UUAUUAAUGCGUCCACAAUUGCACCUGCUCCUCAGAUCAGGCGCGUGCACCCACGCGCCACCACCGAAAGUGGGCUUUGACUAAAAAAGUACUGUACACUUAUAAAAACGACAAACAAACCCAUGUCCGAAAGCAUUACUCUGUUUCUCUCCACUCCAACACACCACUCUCUUCGCAGCGUCACCAUCCCUUCUCCACUCUCUCUCUCUCUCUCUCUCUCUCUCACACACACUCACUACUACGUUUAUUUUCUUCCCGGCCGUUAAAAAAUCCCGGCAUGAAUUGGGCGUUCCCCACCAAAACUGGCGUCGCCGCCGCCGGCGAAGGGAAGGCGGUGGUUUUCAGGUCGAAGCUGAAGUGGGUCGGGCUGUUCGGCCUCGUUCUCUCAGCUUUCUCUCUCUUCACCCACUUUCUUCUCGCCAGAUACACUGAUGGGUUUGCUGUUUCUGAGUACAAAUCCUCCAUCACCAUCUUUUCUUGGAGGCCCAUUUUCGAGAACGCAGAUCUCUCCACUGCUCAGACUCCAUUGUAUAAAAGACUUUGGUCCCCUGUAAGGAAUCUUGAAUCGAUACAUCCCUACGCUAAUCCGAGAGGGAACUAUGUAGCUCCUAAUUCGCAGACUAACGGAUAUGUUUUUGUGAGGAUACGAGGCGGUUUCCACGAAAUCAGGAACUCGAUUUGCGAUGUCGUUGUAAUUGCUCGACUUCUCAACGCCACACUAGUCAUUCCCGAGAUUCAAUCCACUACAAGUAGCAAAGGAAUCAGCACAGAGUUCAAGAGUUUUGCGUAUCUGUACAGCGAGGAUCAAUUCAUCGCAGCUUUAGCACAAGACAUCAAAAUCGUGAAAACGCUUCCGAAGAAUCUCAAAGGUGCAAGAAGAAAGAAAGAAAUCCCUUCUUUCAAAGUAGCUAAAUCAGCUUCCCCGUUUUUCUAUCUUCACCACGUUUUACCGGUGCUGAAUCGACACUCAGUUGUUGAGCUUGUUGUGCCCGAUGGAGGUUGCUUGCAGGCACAACUUCCUCCAAAUCUCGAAGAAAAUCAACAGCUAAGAUGCCGCGUUGCUUUUCAUGCAUUAAGAUUCCGAGACGAGGUGCAAGAACUCGCCACGAAGAUUCUAUAUAGAAUAAGAUCUUCAGGGAGACCUUAUAUUGCUUACGACCCGGGAAUGACGAGGGAUGCUUUAGCUUAUCAUGGUUGUGCCGAGCUUUUUCAGGAUGUACAUACGGAACUCAUACAACAUAAACGAGCGUGGAUGAUAAAACGAGGGAUGGUCAAAGGAAACCUCUCUGUGGAUUCGGCUCAACAACGGCUUAACGGUUUCUGCCCACUUAUGCCGGAGGAAAUUGGUAUUCUUCUUCGAGCAUACGGCUAUUCAUCGGACACGAUUAUCUACAUCGCUGGUGGAGAGGUUUUCGGUGGGCAGAAGAAACUAAUCCCACUCCACGCAAUGUUCGAGAAUGUUCUAGACAGAACAUCCUUAACCAUGCCAUGGGAGUUGAACAAAAUGUACGGCCGUGAAGCAAAUCUCGUCGACAAAUCUCCCAAGAUUAAUAAUAACUUAUCACCUCCGACUAAAGAAGAAAAAGAACCCAACGCAUGGAAAAUAUCCGGGCCCCGCCCUAGACCCCUCCCGCCUCCCCCACCCAGGGCGAAAAAUCCAUAUAAUAUCGAGGGGUGGUGGGGGUGGGUGGCGGAGAGUGAUAACGAACCGGAGAGUACGGUUGUGGAGUUGAGAAUUAAUGCACAUAAAUUGCUUUGGGAAGCGAUCGAUUAUGCGGUGUGCGUUGACGCGGAUGCUUUUGUACCGGGAUUCGAUCGAGAUGGAAAAGGGAAUUCGAAUUUUGCUAGCUUGGUGAUGGGGCAUAGGCUUUAUCGAAAUGCUGCUUCUAGAACAUUCCGGAUCGAUAGGAAAGAGACGACACGGCUUCUAGAUGAGAUCAGUGAACAUUUUUACCAAGCGAACCGAACUUGGAUCACAUCCAUACGCAGAAGUCUUAGAAGAAACUUAGUCGAGGGAAUAACAAAGGAAAUGAUAAAGUCGAAACCGAUGUCGUUUCUUUCUUUCCCGAUUCCCGAGUGCUCUUGCUCGGGGGGCAACGGCCCCCCAUCGAUCAACGCUUCUAGCCACCCGUUGCGGAAUGUUCUAGAAGCUAUGGACCGUUGUCCAUCUUGGAUGGAGGGUGGUGGUGACGUGGCUUCUCCGACCGGUGGGGAUAAGGUGGUCAAAGAAGAAUAUGAUGAUGACAUGGAUGGAGAAGAGUCCGAUUCUCCGGCGGCGGCAGCGGCAGAGGAGGCGGUGCUUCUUUUCCGGCAGGGUGGAGAGAGCAACGACGGUGGUGUGGAAAUGGGAAAUAAAGAAGAGACGCAAAUGGAGGAUCAAGAAGAGCUUGAAGGGGGUGAAAAAAGGUGACCGAGAUUCGUUCGGUCGUAAUUUGUACAGAUCUUUUUACGACGUUGGAAAAUGCUCGAUCAUCGGACAGCUCAUCUGCCAGCUCAGCGUGUCUUUGUUAGCACGCGUUCGUGAUCGUAAUUAAGAAUGAUCGAGAAGGUGGUGGCUUUCGUGUGGGCCCCAGCAGCAAACAUGAUUUUCUUGUGAGUGGAUUUUUUUUUUAGUUAAGCGAAGCUAUUAAUUCUGAUGUGAAUUAGUGAGAAGAUUAAUGAUUACAUUGUAGGCUAUAUGUAGGAAUUUUAGUACAAUGAUUAUAAGUUUAGUAUAGGCUCUGCUCUGCCUCCAUUAAUUUUGUUAAUCAGAUUAAUUACAGAUAUAUUACUGCUCCAGAUUUUAAAAAAUGCAUGCAUGCAUGCAUUUUUUUAUUUUU